UUGUUAUGAGGCUUGUUUGGCCGUGGCCGUGGAUUUCAAUGGUUGAAAGCGCAAAGGCCUUGGCGAUACUACCACCAACAGAGGCUGCCCAAUCUCUCUCUAGCUUUCCCUCUCUGUCGACGGUGCUGCUGCUUCACCUUCUCCAAAGAAGAGAGAGAGAGAGAGAGAGAGAGAGAGAGAGCUAGGGGGAGAGCGCACUACUGCGGCGUUCGGUGCACAGUAGCAGGAGAAGGGUCCCCCUUUUCGGCACUGGAUAGAAAACGUCCGUUCGUGGUCUUCUCUCUCUACUUUCUCUCUCGUCUAAGUUCGCUUCGUUUCCACGGCAUCCGAUUAGAGGGGGAGUGAGAGAGAGGGGGGGCGCCGAGCGUGGGGAGGGGGGGCAGAGUGGAGGAAGGAAGGAACGAUUUUGGAUUCGAGGAAAGCAUUCAUUCUGUUUCCAACACUGGCCAACCUCAAGGGAACCCUAGGGUUCCUUCUCUCUUCAUCCUCUUCUUGUUUAUUGGUUCCUUUUCAUUUCAAAUUGAAGAAGGCGGCGGCAAGAGCGGUUUACCCUGUGAAGAUGCAUUGGAUUACGAGAUUGUCCGGGAUAUUGUCGGCGACAAUGGUGAUGAUCGUCGUCUCUCCGUCUCUGCAAUCAUUUUCGCCGGCUGAAGCGAUUAGAUCAUCGAUUCUUGACGCUUCCCUCCGGUUUCCCAGUCAGACAACGGCUCUCGAUCGGUUCACCUUCAGGAAAGCAUCUCUAUUCCGCAAUGCCGAACAAUGCAGUUCCAGUGACAGGUUAAUGUUGGGGAGAACCGGCGUCUGCGAUCCCUCUCUCGUCCACGUCGCUAUUACUCUCGAUGUCGAGUACGUUCGAGGCUCAAUCGCCGCCGUUCAUUCCAUCCUCCAGCAUUCCUUGUGUCCGGACAACAUCUUUUUUCACUUCCUUGUUUCAGAGACUCAUCUCGAAACCCUAGUCCGUUCUACUUUCCCUCAAUUGAAGUUCAAGGUCUAUUACUUCGAUCCGGAGAUUGUGCGGAACCUGAUCUCGUCUUCAGUUAGGCAAGCACUGGAACAGCCCCUCAAUUACGCCAGGAAUUACUUAGCUGAUCUACUGGAGCCCUGUGUUCGCAGAGUUAUUUACUUGGAUUCCGAUCUCGUGGUGGUCGACGAUAUCCGCAAGCUCUGGACUACCAGCUUGGCGGACAAGACCAUUGGAGCUCCCGAAUACUGCCACGCCAACUUCACUAAAUAUUUCACGGCUAGUUUCUGGUCGGACGGUCGAUUCUCGGGCACCUUCAACGGCCGGAAACCAUGCUACUUCAACACCGGAGUAAUGGUCAUAGAUCUGGUCAAGUGGAGGCGCUUUGGAUUCACGAAGCGGAUAGAGACUUGGAUGCAGAUCCAGAAAAACGGCCGGAUCUACGAGCUCGGGUCGCUCCCGCCGUUUCUCCUUGUCUUCGCGGGACAGGUGGCGCCCAUCGAGCACCGGUGGAACCAACACGGCUUGGGAGGAGAUAACGUCGUCGGUAGCUGCCGGGACCUCCAUCCUGGUCCGGUGAGCCUCCUCCACUGGAGCGGCAGCGGCAAGCCAUGGAUCCGACUCGAUUCCAGAAACCCCUGUCCGCUGGAUGCUCUGUGGACACAAUAUGAUUUGUAUGGACACUCGACGUGAAAUUGCUGACUUGCCGGUAAAUUCCUGUGACCGUCUUUUUGUUCUUCUAGUAUCUGAUCAGCGUUUUCCAUUUCUUUUUUGUAUCUUUGAUUUUUUUCCCCCUUUUCUUUUGAUUUCUAUUUUUUUUCUUCUCCUCCUAUUAACCCACCAUUAUGCCAGGCGAUUUGUAUUGUAUUCCAUUGUUCCUCUGAAAAUAAAAGAUAAAACGGAGAUUACUGAAUUCAAAUACGGGUUCCUCUUUAGUUUCCAUAGAGUUUCUGUCUGUGGUAGAUCUAUCUUGGCACCAUAGGUACGGCUGUAAUUAGGGUUUCCCUACUUUGUCCAGGACCUGGGGAAGUAGCCACGUCACACAUGGGGCUGGAAGGUCCUUGUUAGGUAGUACUGAGACGGAACGGUGAUGAUAUUAAUUGCUCUUUCCCUAAUCUAAAUUAAAAUUGUUUCAAAUUGGCAAAUCUAAGCAUCUGAGUAGUUUGUCGGCCUAGUUUCCCUGUUCUG